GAUCUUCGUUGUUUGAACGAACUUGCCAUCCAAACAAUGAAAAGUGCCCUUUCAGAAAUCAGCUACUAACAUCUCAGAUUUGAUCCUUUUCCUUUAAUCUCAAAUUUUCAUGGAAAUGAUGACACCUUCUCCGUGUCAUGAUCACCCCUCUUCCUCCUAUAAUUCUUGCAUCAGGUCACAAUUUCCCCUUCUGUUUUUGUACAUUUCAUUUUGUUUCUAAGUUUUUCCUUUUCUUGUUCGUUCUCUGUUUUAUUCCUUUUUUUCUGUGUGGGUUUUCUAUAUGCUGCAUUUUGGAGACAUUUGAAUUCUGGGGUGGAAGACAUCAUGGAAAUUUGCAAACUUUGCCGAAUUUUCUAUGAUUCUUGACGCAUUUUCUAGAUGAGAUUUUUAAGUGGCAUCGUGAUUGUGCCUAAAAUAUGUGUUUAUUAAUUCCGAGGUUGAUUUUGUAUGAGUAUAAUGAUGCAUAGUUUUCGAGUUGGAUGAGAUCCAUUUGGUUUGGUUUUUUUAAGUAAGUUUAAAUUUUUAAUGGUUAUGAACAUCAAUUCGCAGUCACUGACUCAAAAACCAGCAAAGGUUAGGGGCUGAGGUUUGGUCCAGUUAUUUGUACCUAGAUAGCUAAGGGGUGAAGUUAUGUAAUUUGAUUUAUAACAUGCAUCACGUAUUCCUGUUGCCUAAUUGGGAGUAGCUAACAACUUUUUUUAGCAUGGGAAGAAAAUUACAUGGAUUUAGUGACCAUAAAUACUUGAUAUCUUGUGGCAGUUACUGGAUUUUUUUAUGCAUACUCUGGAAUCUGGAUGAUUAAGGAGCAUUUUAAUUCUUAACCAAUUUUUCCAUAAUUUAUGUUCCUGCCACUUGGUCUGUUUGACAUCAGACAUCCCAAAUGCAUAUAGCAUUGUUCUUGUAAAGCUAUUAUAAGCCAGUGAUUCAUUAGUUUCUUAAUAGAACUAUGACCUUCAAAUUUACUACUGUCAUCCGAGGGAGAAAACAGAACCCCCCUCCCCUCAAUAGUAAAUUCAAAGUUAAAUAUUUUUUCAUGACUUUUUUCAAUUUUGUCAGUGGGAGAAAUGUCUUUAGCUUGUUAGCACAAAGAGAGAUAUCACCUAGAACCAAACAUGUGCCAAAAUGGCACUGGGGAGAACCUUCUAAAUCAAAAACCGGUUCUUGGUCCCAUCCUAAAAAUGAAGCAGUGACAGAUGCAAAACGUGGUCUCCUUUCAUGGGUUGAGGCUGAGUCAUUGCGGGAAUUGUCAGCUAUGUAUUGUCCUUUGUUUCCUCCCCCACGGUCUACUAUUGCAGCAGCAUUUAGUCCAGAUGGAAAACUUCUUGCCUCCACGCAGUAAGAUCGGCGACCACACGGUAAAGAUAGUUGAUUUUGAAACUGGAAAAUGCUUAAAGGUGUUAGUAGGUCAUAGAAGGACACCUUGGGUGGUUAGGUUCCAUCCAUUGCAACGACAAAUACUUGCUAGUGGGAGCUUGGACCAAGAAGUUUGUUUAUGGGAUGCUAACACAUCAGAGUGGAUAUUAUCUCACUACUUCUAUCGCCCCAUUGCAUCCAUUGCUUUCCAUGCCAAUGGGGAAAUAAUUGCAGUUGCAUCAGGCCACAAGUUGUAUAUGUGGCACUACAACAAUGGAGGCAAAUCUUCCUCACCAGUAUUUGUGUUGAAGACAAGGCGUUCACUCCGGGCUGUGCAUUUUCAUCCGUAUGGUGCACCAUAUCUUUUAACUGCUCAGGUCAAUGAUCUUGACUCGUCAGAUUCCUCAAUGACCGAGGCAACAUCUCUUGGUUAUUUACAAUAUCCUCCACUUUCUGUUUUUGUCACAAAUGUUCAUCGUACGAAAACAUAUACUGUAGAUGAGUCAAGAGUAGAAUUACAGCAUGCUAGUCAUGAUGUUGGUUCAGCUAACAUGCAAGUUGAAUCUUCCACCAUAGCUCAGUUUCAAGCGGACUUGAAUGCAACAGAACAAUAUGAUACUGCAUUAUCAUUCUCUGAGAUUCCCACUAGCUCUGAAACUGGCGCAGAAUAUAAUGCCCAUACUGCUUUACCCAAUCAAAUGAGAAUUGGUAUCAGUAACCUCACAGUGGGAAGUAUGGAGACUAGUGAAACAGAACCAACUGAAGGAGGCCAACAUGAAAACUCUGCCAAUGUUUAUUCUCUUGAUGGAAUGCUACAUGGACUAUCUAGACAUGCUGCAAACCGUGAGGAUCUCUCUGAAAUUUGUCAGUUUCAUCAAUUUUUUCCUUCAAGAGACUCAAGUAUAUGGGAACCUUUUCUGCAAGGAUGGUUAAUGGGUCAAAACCAUGCUGGUGUUCCCUCAAUCCGUCCUUACAUUGGUGGUAGUCAAGAAAGCUUUCCUAAACAGAUAGAAUCUUCCACCUCAGCUUCUUAUCAGUCAUCGAGUAAUGCUGAGGUAACAUUGACUUCCUCAGAUAUGCCGGGCAACAUCAGCAUAACAGCAGCAUCUGUGAGAUCAGGUUUACGGAAUCAUUUUUCACAAUCCCGUUUACCUGUAUCAGAUUCUGGUAAUCUUGCUGCUUCUAGUAAUUCUCCACAUGAUGGAUCUGACAGGCAAGCCAUUAUAAGCCGAAUCCAGUCAGAACUUGCCACAUCAGUAGCUGCUGCAGCAGCUGCUGAGUUGCCUUGCACUGUCAAAUUAAAAGUAUGGUCGCAUGACUUAAAAAAUCCUUGUGCCCCACUAAGUAGAUGCCGUCUAACUAUACCCCAGGUUGUCCUCUGCAGUGAAAUGGGUACCCAUUUUUCACCAUGUGGUAGAUUUUUAGCUGCCUGUGUUGCUUGUAUGCUUCCUCAUAUAGAAGCUGAUCCAGGAUUACAAAGUCUAGUACAUGAGGAGCCUGGUGUUGCCACAUCGCCAACUCAACAUCCAUUCUCAGCACAUCAAGUAAUCUAUGAGCUUCGAAUAUAUUCCCUUGAGGAGGCAACAUUUGGAUCAGUGCUUGUAUCACGGGCAAUCAGAGCUGCUCAUUGUCUGACUUCAAUUCAGUUCUCACCUACAUCUGAGCAUAUAUUGCUUGCCUAUGGUCGGCGUCAUGAUUCUCUUCUUAAAAGUAUUGUCAUUGAUGGAGAAACAACAUUACCGAUAUACACAGUGCUAGAGGUAUACAGAGUUUCAGAUAUGGAACUUGUUAGUGUGCUUCCUAGUGUAGAGGAUGAGGUCAAUGUGGCAUGCUUUCAUCCUUUUGCUGGGGGAGGGCUUGUUUAUGGAACAAAGGAAGGAAAGCUUAGGAUAUUCCAGUUUGAUCGUGCUCACAUUGUGAAUGGCACUGGAUCAAGUUACUUCCCUGAGGAGAAUAUUAUUGGAGUCAGUUAGUGAGCAAGCGGCGGCAACCCUGGUGGCAGUGGGCAGUGGUGGCGACGAAAGAGGAAUCCUAGAAGGCUCUUGAUACCAUGUAAAACUAGGAGAGAGAAAGAGACAGAUUAGUGUGCUGGAAUUGGAUGCUUUACAAUGUGUAGAGACCUUUAUAUUUAUAAGGAUACAUAUGUAACCUUACUGGGCCAAGCUCGUUAUUAUAAUACUAACAUAAAUCUUAAUU